AUGACGCCCAUGGUUCUUGACGACCAACCCUCGGCGGCUGCCCCGCCGCCACCUCUACGGGAGGCAUGGAAGCUACUCCCAUCGCCAACCAUACAUACCGUCAAGGAGGCCCGGUUCGAGAAAUACCACCCGCCCCAGUCAGAUGUCCCGGGGCGCGCAAAAGCCGAUGGCGGCCCGGUGGCCAUUGUCAUAGAUAAUGGAUCCUCUGCUGUCAGAGCCGGAUGGUCAACCGAGAAUGACCCGCGCUUGAUUGUGCCGCCGAUAAUGGCAAAGUACCGCGACAGGAAGCUGGGCAAGACUUUUUCGUUUGCCGGCUGGGAUUGUUAUUCGGAUACGACCGCCAAAGGACAUAUACGAAACGCAUUCGAGGCCGGUACCGACAUAGUCAGCAACUGGGACGUCAUGGAGCACGUAUUGGACUACUUGUUCAUCAAGCUAGGUCUGAACAACCAAGGGGACUCGAUAGACAGGCCCAUUGUGAUGACGGAAGCCGUUGCCAAUCUGCCAUAUUCACGGAAAUCCAUGACUGAAGUUCUGUUCGAAUGCUAUGGAGUACCAUCCGUAGCUUACGGUAUAGAUUCUCUGUUCUCGUACAGACACAAUAAGGGCUCUACCGGCCUGGUUGUCUCAUCGUCUUACAGCUCCACUCAUCUCAUACCCGUGUAUAACCAGAAGGCCCUGCUAUCGCAAGCGACACGUCUAAACUGGGGCGGGUGGCAUGCGGCUGAGUAUCUACUAAAACUCAUAAAGCUCAAGUAUCGCGAUUAUUUGGGCAACGUCAAAAUGAACACGUCCCAGACGGAGCACAUGCUCCGUGAUUUCUGCUACGUGUCCAAGGACUACGAUGAAGAGCUAAAGACAUAUCUUGAUUGGACUGGACUGGAGGACCGUGAGCGCAUAGUUCAGUAUCCGUUCACAGAGGAGGUAAUCGUGCAGAAGACAGAAGAAGAACUGGCGAAAAUAGCAGAGAGGAAGAAGGAGAGCGGCCGGAGGUUGCAGGAACAAGCUGCCAAGAUGAGAUUGGAUCGGCUGGUAAAGAAGGAACAGGAGCUCGAGUACUACAAAAAAGUACAGGAAAUGCUGGUUGAUCAGACCAAGAAAGAGACGAAGCGGAUUCUUGACGAUGCCGAAGUUAAAGACGAAGCUCAUCUCGAACGACUCAUAAAGGAACUAGAAAAGACCAUCAAGAAGGCGCGGACAAAGGACCUGGGCGGUGAGGUAGAGGAUGAGGCCGCCGAAGAGCCCGACUUCUCGCUGCUGGAGGUGCCAGACGAGGAACUCGACGACGCUGGAAUAAAAGCAAAGCGGCAACAACGGCUUAUGAAGUCCAACCACGAAGCCCGCGCACGUGCCAAGGCCGAAAAGGAGGCUGAAAAGGCACGGAUAGCCGAGGAGGCACGACUGGACGAGGAGCGCCGGACCAACAAUCUGGAAGAGUGGCUCGCGGACAAGCGCCGGGCGCACCAGGAGGCGGCAGCGCGGGUAAAGGAGCGCGAGAUGUUAUCCAAGGAUAUGGGAAACAGGAAGACGCUGGCGUCGGUCAUGCGCAUGAAGAGCAUCGCCAACCUGGCCUCUGACACGCCCACGGGCUCGGGCACGUCGCGGAAGCGGAGGCGCGGUGGAGAUGACGACGACUUUGGAGCAAACGAUGCAGACUGGGGCGUGUACCGCGACAUCGCUGUCAACAAGGAAGACGGCAGCGACGACGAGGACAGCGAGGAGAAGGAUGAGGCGCAGCUCACGGCCCUCGAGCAGGAGCUGCUGCAGUACGACCCGCUCUUCACAUACGAACACACGCGCGAGGCCCAGAACGACUGGAGCAAGAAGCUGGAGCACGCCUGGACCCGCGGCCCACGGCCCUUCGACUCAGAGUCGCCCGCUGAGCGCCACCAGAUCCACCUCAACGUCGAGCGCAUCCGCGUGCCCGAGGUGCUCUUCCAGCCGACGGCCAUCGCAGGCAUCGAUCAGGCCGGCAUUGUUGAGAUUGCUGGUGACAUACUCACGCAACGCCUUGCCGGCCUCUCGGGGAUACAGCGGGAUGAUUUCCUCAAGGACAUCUUCCUGACGGGAGGACUGACCCUGCUCGAAAAUUUCGAUGAGCGUCUCAAGACAGGCCUGCAAGCCCUCUUGCCGGCUGGUGCAUUGCUUGCUACUCGCCGAGCACGCGACCCGGUGUUGGAUGCUUGGCGGGGCGCCGCUGGGUGGGCUGGCACUGACGCAUGGAAGUCUGCCGCUAUCACAAAGGAAGAGUAUCAGGAGCGCGGACCCGAGUACAUCAAGGAGCACGACAUGGGCAACGCCUUCUCUUGA